AUGUGUGAAUGUCCAAACGGAUUUACCGGCGAUAACUGUGAAACCAGUACCGAUUGUAGCGACAAUGUAACGAGUAUACAGCUAACCCCCGAAGAAGAAAAAAAGACUACAGGUGAGUAUGUAUGUGAAGAUGGUACAUGUUUGAAUGAUACUCAUGUCUGCAUUGAAUGUGGUCCAGGGUUUCAUUUCUGUCGUUGCUACGAUGUAUUUGUCGGUAUAAAUUGUACACAGAAUGCGUAUUACUGUCAGAAUAUCCAAUAUCUGAAUGGUUCCAGUGUUAAUGAUACAAUGCCAUUUACAUUUUCAAAUGGAUUUAAAGGCAUCUCUUGCAAACAGAGUGUGUAUGACUGUGAUUAUAUGGAAUGUCUGAACAAUACAUUUUGUACAUCUAGUAGUAGUACCUUUCCAUCAUCACGGUGCCAUUGUCCCGAUGGAAUUAGUGCUAGUGGUUCCUAUUGUGAUUUAAGUAAGUAUAUUUUGUUAUUUUACAUUAUAUCUAAUAACUGUUCUAAUAACUAUGCAUCAUGGCGUAUAACGCCUAUGAGUUCUCAUGGUCCAAAGCCGAAAGGGGCCCCAAGUGUACCCGGAUCAUAGCCUUAACCCAGUGUUGGUGUAAUUUUUCACGCAGUUUGAAUAUCUUGAUGAAGCAUUGCAGAUGCUCUAAUCAACAUCAAACCCGAAUCAGUGAGUAAAAAUUAAAAUAGAUUGGUCCAGUUGUUUUUGAGUUAUGAGCCCAGAAGGACACACACGUCACUGAUACAACUCCUCUUUUUCAAAAUUUGAA